GGAUUUUCUUUAAUAUUUUUCAACAAAGUUUAACAACGCAUUCUAACAAGACCGGGUCCCCUCCGGAAAUAGAAUGACCAAUAUAUCUGAUUUCAAGCAGCAGCUGUGGCAUGCUAUAUAUAUUUUUGUGUUGUCGUUUGCAGUGCGAAUUGAUUAGCCACUUGUCACUGGCAGGAAAAAUCCUUCACGACGCGGCUUUUACUCGUGUGAAAUGCCAACAUUUGGGUGAAAGGUUUUAAACUGUCCUGCUUUGUAGGAUUUCAUCUCCGUUUCUCUCCAGAAAUGAUUCACCUUAAUUGUCGUGAGAUGCCACAAAAGUAAAUGAAUCAGAUAUACUUGUUGCUGCUGGGCUUGUCACUUGAGAGAGGAGAAUUUAUUCGUAAACAGAGUUCAGAUUUUCCCUCUGUUAUUUUUAGCGUUCAUAGGGGUUUCCAGGAUGACAUCAUUCUUUAUCUAGCGUCCAUUUCAAUUUGCACCCAGGAUUCUCUUUCAAAAUAGACUUAGGCUGUGUGAUUCCAAUAUGCCAGACAACUUUGAAGACGCUAGAUAACAGCAGUAUCCAAAGAAAUAAGACCUCCAAAGAUAAAGCAUCAGAAUGCUUCAAUUAACUGGGGGAAAUGAGGAGAGUCGUGAAGUUUCAGGAAGUGUCAGAAGGCCCGGAAUGUGGAAAGAGGUUUCUUUUGGGGAUUACAUUUGUCACACAUUUCAGGGAGAUUGCUGGGCUGAUCGAUCCCCACUUCAUGAAGCUGCGGCCCAGGGGCGCUUACUGGCCCUUAAAACUUUAAUUGCACAAGGUGUCAACGUGAACCUCGUGACAAUUAACCGGGUCUCUUCGCUCCACGAGGCGUGCCUCGGAGGUCACGUGGCCUGCGCUAAAGCCUUAUUGGAAAAGGGCGCGCACGUCAACGGAGUGACGGUCCACGGAGCCACGCCCCUCUUCAACGCGUGCCGGAGCGGCAGUGCUGCGUGCGUCCACGUGCUGCUGGAGUUUGGAGCCAAGGCCCAGCUGGAGGCGCACUUGGCUUCACCCAUCCACGAGGCAGUGAAGAGAGGUCAUAGAGAGUGCAUGGAGAUUCUUCUGGCAAAUAACGUUAACAUUGACCAAGAAGUGCCCCAGCUUGGAACUCCCCUGUAUGUGGCCUGCACCUACCAGAGGGUAGACUGUGUGAAGAAACUUCUAGAAUUAGGAGCCAGCGUGGACCGCGGCCAGAGUCUGGACACCCCGCUCCACGCCGCUGCGAGGCAGUCCAGCGUGGAAGUCGUCCACCUGCUAGCGGACUAUGGGGCUCCCCUGAAGUGCAGAAAUGCCGAGGGGAAAAGUGCGUUGGAUCUGGCGGCUCCGAAAAGCGGCGUGGAGCAGGCCCUCCUGCUCCGGGAAGGCCCGCCUGCUCUCUCCCAGCUCUGUCGCCUGUGUGUCCGGAAGUGCCUGGGCCGAGCGUGUCGUCAGACCAUCCGUGAGCUGCAUCUGCCGGAGCUGCUGGAAAGAUUCCUGCUAUACCGGUAGUCCCAGCUGGCCUUGGGAAGGUACUUGGAAAUGAGCAGGCUACUGCCUGCUGUACCCAGGGUGCUUAGUGUAGACACCCAGUGGCUAGGCUCUGAGUACCUUCCAAUGAGCAGAGUCAGCUAGUGUUGGUCCCCGAAGAACCAGGACCCCCGAGGAGUAGAAACUCCUGGUUAAUGCUCUCGUUCCCCAAGGGGCAACCGGAAGCCUUUUGGUUUUUAGCUUUUGUUGUUAAGACACUUUAGAAAUCUGUGCAGCGGAGUGAAAAUAAUCUGUGUUUGAAGAUUCGUGGUCUUCAAUUAUCUAAGGGUCAAUAUUAUGCAUAUCUUGCAGAUACAUGUGAAUCUUGGGUGCAUAAGAGUCUGACGAGUGUAUCUCAUGAUGUGUUCCUGAUGUAGUCCCUCCCUCCUUUGCCCUUUCUUUCUCUGCUUCCACGAAUAAACUUCUGCCGUAAUUUUGA